AUGGCUCCCUUUGAUUUCAAGUCCAACAAACACUUUGUUGCUUCAUCUGAUGGAGCUACCCUCCAAGUCUACGAGUUGACCAAGCCUACUCUUACCCAUCCCUCUUCCAUCCGCAAGACUCAUUGGAGGGAAGUUGCAAACAUCAACACCAGUCUCGACGAUGACGACGACAUGGCGGAGCAAACGAAGAAGUACGAUGGACUGGCGUUCUACGAUGGCCAUGGCAGGAUCGAGGGGCGGGAAGCGGUGACCAAGCUGGCCCAACACUUGAAGCUGCUGAGCUUGAUGGUGAGCCCUGGAGGGCACUGCUUCCAAGACGUGAACGAGAUGGGAGAGUAUGUUGAGUUCGGGGCUCACUACCUCCGGCUGAACGAUCUGUUCAGCUGGCCCCACCAUGGAGUUGGGCUCGCCGCGACUACUGGGUGGGGCCGUUCGGAGUUGAGGUACCACGACCCCAGGCAUGGUCAACGGUCGAAACGGACGGUAGGAGGCAACAUGGUUAGUAUGGAGAUGUACGAGGAGUUGCGAAGGGCGCUGAAGAAAAAUGAUGAGGAAUUGAGAAAUCUCAAAGAGGAGAAAAAUGACACUACGGGAUUGCAAGUACUAUUAAGGAGGGAAAAAGAAGAGGAGUUGCAAAAACUGAGGCUGGAGAAGGAUAAAGAGAUAGAAAAUUUGAGAAGAGAGAAGGAUAAAGAAGUCGAGAAGAUAAUAAACAAGGACAAGGUGGAGACAUUGCAAAAACUUAACGAGAAGAAUGAAGAAUUGCGGAAGCUAAGGAAGGAGAAGGAGGAUGAAGCGGCAAAAUCAAAGAGAAUGGGGGAUGAAUUGCAGAAAUUAAAGAAGGAAAAAGUUGUGGAGGCAAGUGAAAAUUUGAGUAAAUAUAGUGAUAAUGAAGUAGAAGAGAUGAAAAAGGAGAAGGACGAUGAACUCCAAAAACUAAGAGACCAACUACGUUCAAGCAAAGCUGAGCUGACAAGCGUCAAGCAAGCGCUGGGUGAAUUGUUAGAAUUAAUUUAA